AUGGCACAUACAUCUUUUCUCCAAUGCAUUUUCCUACCAAUACCUAGAUAUAGUAGAGGCAUUUACAUUUAUAAAAUGCCUCCAUAAGCAUGCAAGUAUACACAUUUUGUUUUAUUUCUUUCGUCUUAGUUAUCAUUCAUAAUUAUACCAACUAGAUUAGAUAUACACUUUACAAACACACCCAUACACACAUGAUAUACGAACAAGCAUGGCCCCGAUACCUAUAACCAUCAUAACCGGCUUCUUGGGCUCGGGAAAGACGACUCUCCUGCUUAGUCUCCUCCCUCAACUCCGGGCUGCUAAUCCCUCUUAUCGUCUUGCCCUGCUCAAGAAUGAGUUUGGAGAUGUGGCCAUCGACUCGCAGCUUGCCUCCUCGAGCGCCGUCUCUGGCGUCCAGGAGCUCCUCAAUGGUUGUAUAUGCUGCAAUCUAGUCGGCCAGCUGAGUACUGCUCUUGCCGAGUUGCGCUCCAACAUCAGCCCCGACCGCAUCGUGAUCGAAACCUCUGGCUCUGCUUUCCCGGCCACCUUGGCCAUCGAGGUGAACCGACUGGCCCGCGAGACCGGCCACUACACCCUCGACGGUGUCGUUAGUGUCAUCGAUGUCGAGAAUUGGCGCGGCUACGAGGACACGAGCUAUACUGCUCGCAUACAGGCCCGCUAUACCGACCUAAUCGUAUUCAACAAGUGGGAGAAUUGCGAAGAGCGUAGGUUCGACGACUGUCUCGAUCGCGUCGGCGAUCUCGAGACUGACAUAGCCUGGGUCAAGAGCGACAGAGGACGGGUACCUGUCCAUGUCAUCUUUGGCAUCGACGGUGGCUUGGCAGCAGCUUUGACCGAAGACCCAUUGCCCGCGAAUAACCACAACCAUGGCCACGACCCCGGUCACGGUCAUGGUCACCAAACUGAAGUAGAGGUCCUCUCCGUCACCCUCACCGGAGGACCGAGCGCUGCCGUUAAUACGACAAAGCUGAUGGCCCUUUUAACAUCAGCACCCAAGGACGAGGUAUAUCGGAUUAAAUCGGUCUUGACAGCGUCGUCGAUGGUACGGAGUUCCGACAUCCGACAAGAAGACGCCGCCGUACCUCCCGCAGCGCCGACCGACCACCCAGGCCGAUACAUCCUGAACUGGGCAUUUGGUAGAUGGAUUUUCACCAGCCUCGACACCAAGGCGACUGAGCAUGAUUCGAGUUACCAAAACGUGCUUCGUAUGACCAUUAUCCUAGCAAGGUACGAGAGCGCCAAGUGGAAAAGGAAGUUGGAAAUGGGCGGCUUUUUCGAGUUAGAAGGCACGGAGAAAGGCGAGCUAGUUGUCACCAAGGUUACUUGAAGAGUCCAAUCGCCUGUCUUCCCUUUUUUGGGAGACACCCUACCUAGUAAUGCUUCUAGGUACUUAGUAGAUAGAUACCUACCCAAGCACAACUCGUACACAGCAAACAAAC